CCUAAAGAAUCUCAACCAGAUCCAAGUUGCCAGCUUCCAAAGAAUAAACUCAUUCUGUUAUGCUGCCUCACAGAGCACACUUCUACUUCAAACUUGCUGGCAUUCUUUGCAAGAAAGAGGCUCCUUCAGCUCCCUGGAAGGACACUGAUUUUAGUCCAGACGGUGUUUUUUCCCUCCAAAUAUUGAAUCACGUGUCAACUAGUAGUACGAGACUUUAGCACUGUCAGCUGUUUGCUAAACGGUCUGAGAGCAUCAGCAUGGACGGGGCAAGACCCGGUAUUCGUAUCAGUAGGAGAUGGAAGACUGCUUCUGCUUGGGCUUCAAGAAAGAAUGUAAAAACGUUUGCAAUAGCAGCCUUCUUUGCUGUUGCCUUCUCUCUUUUCUUGCUCAGUGCAAAGCAAAGGAGUGUUGGUCAAUUCAAUGGUUGUGAUUUUCCGGCCAUAUUCAACUUUGGAGAUUCGAAUUCAGACACCGGCGGAAAGUCUGCUGCAUUCGGCCGGAUUCCUUUGCCUAAUGGCAAUACCUUCUUCCAUAAGCCAGCUGGGAGAUAUUGCGAUGGGAAACUGAUCAUUGAUUUUAUAGCUGAGAAACUGGGACUGCCAUAUUUGGGUGCGUAUCUGGACUCAAUAAUUGCAAACUUUCAGCAUGGAGCUAAUUUUGCUACAGCAGGGUCUACAAUUCAGUCACUGGAUGCCAGAAUGUUUAAGCAAGGGUUUAGCCCUAUUUCUCUUGAUGUACAACUUUUGCAAUUUGAACAGUUCAAAGAAAGAAUAAAUGAGCUAUACAAAGAAGGUUUGAACUCAAACAUCAAAAGCAAGCUUGCAAGACCAGAGGACUUCUCACGCGCAUUAUACACAUUUGAUAUUGGACAGAAUGAUCUUAGUGCUGCAUUUAAGUCAAUGACAGAGAAACAGGCUGUGCAAUCUGUUCCGGGAAUAAUUAACCAGUUGGCGCAGGCUGUAAAGCGACUACACCAUCAAGGAGCAAGAACAUUCUGGAUACAUAACACCAGUCCAAUAGGCUGUUUGCCCUACCAGGUUCUAGAUUAUCCUCCACAAACUGAAAAUAUGGAUCAAAAUGGUUGCAUAAGGUCUCAUAAUGAGGUCGCUCAAGAAUUUAACAGGCAGCUUAAAGAGAGAGUUUCCCAACUCAGGAUGCAACUCCCAGAUGCAGUACUGACUUAUGUUGACAUUUACUCAGCUAAAUAUUCUUUAAUCUCUGAAGCAAAGAAGCAUGGAUUUGCAAAUCCACUUACAUAUUGCUGUGGGCAUUAUCGGGAUAUACUGUGCUGGAGGAAGAAAAUAGUGAAUGGGACGGAAAUUUUGGGGACUUCAUGCGGCAACCCUUCAGCUUAUAUAAGUUGGGAUGGCAUUCAUUAUUCCCAUGCUGCAAAUUUGUGGGUAGCUAAUAAGGCUCUUGAUGGAUUGUUUUCAGACCCUUCAACCCCCAUUACUGAAGCAUGCCACAUGCCUCUUCGUUUGUAAUUCUAGGCCCAAAUCACCGCUUUAGGUCACAGACACUAUUCUGCAACAAAAAUGUAACUAGGUCCUACUUUAUAAGUGUUCAUAGAUGUGCCGUUAUCUUUUCUUUUUUCCCACUUUCUGUGAGACCCCGACCUUUUAUAGAGGAUAGAAUGUAAAAAAUCCUUUGUUGAGCUUGUAAGAAUUUUUGUUUUGAUCUCAUUCUUAGUGUUUAUAUCUUGGACAAAUUGAAAACCAAGAUGAUUUGAUGAGUAUAUGGAUUUUUGGAGUCCAUGUGGACAAGUUUUAAGGUUA